AUGAGUGGGCAAGCAGCUAGUUACUACAACCCUAACCAGGGCUUUGAUGGUCAGGGUCAGGGCCAGGGCCAAGGCAACUAUAGCAAUGGCUACCAGCAGAAUGGAAAUUACCAACCUCCAGCAGAAGAGCCCAAACCCCCUCCUCCAUACCCGAAUAAUGCACCUCCACCACAGUCCGGUCAAACCUUUGAUCAAGCUUUCAAGAUCGACAAGCCGAAAUACAACGAUAUAUGGGCGGGUCUUUUGCUCAUCGCAGUCUUUCUCGGAUAUGUCGCUGUGUCAGGCUUGACCAUCCACUCGUACGCCACUAACAAAGGCUUCAGCGGAGGAGGAAUUUACGGCGCCGGCAAUGAUUUCUCGCUGAACACCAAUACCCUCGUUUUAUUCGUGUUCGUUCUUUGCGUCGCUCUAGUCUUCUCUUGGGCAUAUUUUAUGGGCGCGCGAUACUUUACCAAGACUUUCAUCUGGGCCACAGGCAUCCUGAACAUCGUCUUCGCUUUCGCAACGGGCAUCUACUAUAUCGCGCGCAAGCAAUAUGGAGGUGGAAUAGUGUUCCUGCUCUUCGGUGUCUUCGCAGUGAUCUGUUUUAUCAGUUGGAUCCCGCGUAUCCCGUUCACAGCUUUCAUGCUACAGACCACCAUGGACGUCGCGCGAGGUUAUGGACAUGUCUUCCUCGUCAGUGCUCUAGGUGGCAUCGUGACGGUCGCGUUUUCGGCAUGGUUCUCUGUGACCUUGGUCGCAAUUUAUGUCAAGUAUGAACCUGAUUCCAAGGGGACGAAUCCGUCUUGCGCCAACGGCGGCUGCAGUACCGCGAAGGUGAUUGGCCUGGUGGUUUAUGUCACUUUCGCCAUGUACUGGUUUAGUGAGUGGAUCAAGAAUACCGUUCACACUACCAUCGCUGGUUUGUAUGGGUCUUGGUACUUUUGGAGCAACUCUCCGGGCGGAAUGCCCAGGCAUGCGACCCGCGGCGCGUUCCGUCGUGCGACUACCUAUUCCUUCGGUAGCAUCAGCUUCAGCAGUCUGAUUCUUGCUAUCAUUAACAUGAUGCGCCAGGCGUGUUCGAUAGCUCAACGACAGGAAGCUGCACAGGGAAAUAUUGUCGGAUCGAUCUUUGUCUGGAUCUUGGGAUGUCUCAUCUCGUUUCUCGAUUGGUUGGUUACAUUCUUCAAUCGCUACGCUCUCUGCCACAUUGCUUUGUACGGAAAGCCGUAUAUCCCGGCCGCCAAGGAUACAUGGAAGAUGAUGCGCGAUCGCGGAAUCGAUGCCCUGGUCCAGGAUUGUUUGAUGGGCCCUGUUCUCACUAUGGGCUCUACGUUUGUGGCCUACGUCUGUGCGUUGCUGGCAUAUCUAUACCUGCAGUUCACGAAGCCGGCCUACAAUACCGAUGGAGAUUUCACUCCCGUUAUCAUGGCUUUCUCUUUUGUUAUUGGUCUGCAAAUUUGUCAAAUUUUCAUGACCCCCAUUGGAAGUGGCGUCGAGACAAUCUUUGUGGCCAUGGGUUGGGACCCUCAGGUAAUGAUCAACGAUCACCCUGAUAUCUACUACAAGCUGGUUGAGCUGUACCCACGUGUGCAGCAAUCAAUUCAUGCUUAG